AACAGCGCAGAUGCCGCCGGAGCUCCACAUCCCAAUGAGGCGCUGAGCAGCAGCCGAGCCGUUUUCUCUCGCGUCUUGUGGAAAUGUUGGGACGAGGCGCGGUGCUCUGUCUUUAGUUGAUGCCUUUUACCGUAAAACAAAAAAAGACACUGUGGUUUUUUUCACCCAAGUUGGGCUGAGGUGACCGAGAUCCCCGUUAACUGCGGAUGUCCCUGACCAAUUCAAGCGUCUUUCUGCUCAACGAGGGUUCAGCCGAUUCCUACACUAGUCGACCCUCGGAUUCCGACCUGUCCCUGGAGGAGGACCAGGAGGCGUCUCGGCGUGAAGCCGAGCGCCAGGCUCAGCUGCAGCUAGAAAGAGCCAAGUCCAAACCAGUAGCAUUUGCAGUGAAAACCAAUGUGAGUUACUGUGGGGCCCUUGAUGAGGAUUGUCCGGUCCAAGGUGCCGCUAUUAACUUUGAAACCAAAGACUUCCUGCACAUAAAAGAGAAAUACAACAAUGACUGGUGGAUUGGUCGGCUGGUGAAGGAAGGGGCAGACAUCACUUUCAUCCCGAGCCCAGUCAAACUUGAAGCCAUGAGGAUAAAACAAGAGCAGAAAGCAGCAGCAAGGAAAGGAGGGAACGCUUCAUCUGGAGGCUGGAGGUCCACCCCGCCAUCUGCAGCCAAACAGAAGCAGAAACAGACUGAACAUGUUCCUCCAUAUGAUGUGGUCCCUUCGAUGAGGCCGGUGGUGCUGGUGGGCCCCUCACUGAAAGGCUAUGAGGUAACUGACAUGAUGCAGAAAGCCUUGUUUGACUUCCUGAAGCACAGAUUUGAUGGCAGGAUCUCUAUUACACGGGUGACUGCUGAUCUGUCACUGGCGAAGCGCUCGGUGCUGAACAAGAAGGCCAUAAUGGAGAGAUCGAACACGCGCUCCAGUCUGGCUGAGGUCCAGAGUGAGAUAGAGAGGAUCUUUGAGCUGGCCAAGUCUCUCCAGCUGGUCGUCCUGGACGCAGACACCAUCAAUCACCCAGCACAGCUCCUCAAAACUUCUCUGGCUCCCAUCAUCGUCUACGUCAAAGUCUCCUCUCCUAAAGUCCUUCAGAGGCUGAUCAAAUCUAGAGGGAAGUCACAAAGCAAACACCUCAAUGUCCAGAUGAUGGCAGGGGACAAGCUAGCACAGUGUCCACCUGAAAUGUUUGAUGUCAUCCUGGAUGAGAAUCAGCUGGAGGAUGCAUGCGAGCAUCUUGCAGAGUACCUGGAUAUCUACUGGCGUGCUACGCAUCUCCCCUGUUCUGCCCCUGUUAACCCCUUACUGGACCAAAGCGUGAUCACCCCACCCUCAGCUAACUCCAGCCAACAGUUUUCUGAGACUCAAGAGUUGAUAGAAUGAUCACUACCAGAGACAAAGGAAGCCUGUGCUGUCGGCUGGGGUCAGACUAGGAGGUCAUAGAGCACAGGGACCAGGGCGCCACCAGGGGGCAGCAGCAGCCCUCAUCUCUCCAAAACCAGCCACCACCUUCUCUGGCCUACACCCAGACUGAAGAGGAGAACAAGAGCAGAGUCCCUUGCGAGAGAGAAAGAGCAGGAGGCUGGUGAGCUGGAGGAAGAGGAGACACGAAAGCAGGGAGAGGAGCAGGAGGAGGAGGGAGAUUCGGAAGAGGAGCCUCCACCUCACUGCUGCCCCCUUGGGAAGAGCUCCCUGCCCCCACCUCCACGCGACAACUCAGGGCCGCUUUCUACAGCUGCACGCCUACUGGUAACAAAAACCAGUACAGCAGUGCAGUCACUGCACGCCACCUUCCCUCACCCUCCCUCCCAACCUGACCUUGUCCCCAGCUCCCUGCUUUCACACAGGAAGUCACACCCCCCUCCUGGCAGAGCUGAGCCAGCCCAUGUGUGAUCAGACACCCAGGGGUGGCCGUCCAAGACACACAUAGGCUAACUCAGCUCACGUUGUAGGCAAAUUAAACACCUGUGAAGGCAGAGUAUGUUAGCAUACAGAACUGUAGCAUAGCAAUGCUAUCAGUAUAACACACAAAACAAACAUGAGUAGCUUCCCAUCAUAGGGUUCCCAGGGUUUCCUCUCUGAUACACCUGGCUUCCCCCUCUGGCCAAAGAGUGCAGAGAGCGACAGAAACCCAAGUCCGUAUGUCCUCCAUCUCCACAGCUCUCUGUGAGCUGAGAUUCCAGUUUAACCAAAUGUUUCCUCAAAGGCACAAUCGUUGAGCAGAGUCAACAUGGUCUCACCUGUGUUGACAACGUUCCUCUUCCUUUAGCACUUGCGUUCUCUUUUUGUUUAUCAAGUAGCCUUUAUUUCCUUUUAUUUAUUUAUUUUUUACAGUAGCUAUCUAUACUACUAUCUAUGAUUCAUAUCUUGGCUCUUAGUAAAGCUGAUCACAUAUCUGUAACGCAACAGUGAUGCAAAACUCAUGCAUGACAAGCACAUACUUGCACAUCAACAGUCUAUAUGCAUCUUCUGUCACAGCUGUGAAUGUAUAAAAGCUGGUCCAUUGUCUUAGCGAGGAUAAUUUACAAUAACUGUGGUUUGUUUGAAAAUAUUUGGUGGUAAAUCCCAUCACCUAAAUGCAAUUCAGUAUUAACCAAAAAGUGUGGCUGUUGUCAAAUAUGAUUUUUUUAUUUUAUACUAAAAAAAUUAAUUAAAAUUCGUUCCAGACGUCAUGAAAUUCAGCCUCAGGCUUUCAGUUUUGGCACACUUGGUAUUUAUUAGCUGUUUCACAUCAAACUGCUUCUGUUUUUAAAGUAAAACUUAAAGCCUGAGACCGAAAAAAUGACUUUGUCCUUUUUAGGAGAAACCAUACUUUUCAAAACAGAUGUUGCACAAACUGCCAUUGGCUGUUAAUCAUAUUAAGGAGAACAAAAUGAUAAAUUGUGAGAGAUUCAACAGGUGGACUUGAAAACACCUCAUCAAGUAGAUUUACUGUCAAAUUUCCAAAGACAAUAGACGCAUAGGUUAAUAACACAGUUAACUGUUACCUCAGCAUGUGUGCUGAAUGUAAUUCUCGGUGAUGUUAGCACUAAAGUACGCACAUCAACAGCAGUCAGGAAAAUCUGCAUUUUUUGUUUUGUUUUAACACAUCAGUGAUGUAAUUUACAUUUCACACUUCACUGCUGCUCAGUGGUGAAGUGGUGACUGGAGAGGUGGGUGGACUAUAGACAUCAAUGGAGCUUCAGAAUGAAGUGAAAAAGGAGUUGCAUUCACCCUCCACUACACCACUGUGCGAAGAGAAGACUAUAUUUCCACUGAAGAGACAUCAACAGAUUGCGAAGGGUCACUUCCUAAUAAGCCCAGUAAAUUAUCUAAUUACCUUUCGGCACUAACGGCUAAAUUCAGCAUGUGUACAGCAGGCCUAUGAGUAUAUGGAGGGUGACCUCUGGUGGUGUAGUUAUGUUACACUUAUAUCCACCACUGCUUAUUUCUCUGCCCGUUGCAAACAAGACAUUUAAUAAGCAUCCACAUUCACUAGUUAUAUAUACAACUUCCAGUCGUAGGACUUAUUAAAUGUCUUUGUUGCAAAUACCAAAAACUUCCAAACUUCACAUGGCCACCCACCGUCUCUUCUGUGUUAAUUUAAUCAUCUACUGGCCUCCAUAUCGUACAGUACUCACAAAAACGAAUGCAUCUUAACUGAGAUUCUCUACAUUCAUGCAUCUGCUUUUACCAUAUAAACUAUAGACUUCAGCUGACAUACCACACAUGUAAAUAAUCUAAUGUAUGUGCAUGACAUGUUGUAUUCCUGUUUCAUCAGAAGGGCUUUUUAGGACCAUCCUCACAUGAGCCAUUCACUCUUCAGAGUACAUAAUCAGUCACAUAUAUCAAGGCUUAAUUGUACAUACUGUAUAUUCAAUAUGCAGAUAUUAUUAUUAUUAUUAUUAUUAUUAUCAAAUUGCACAGAAACAAUAAAUGCUGACAGGAAGUAGAAGGGUUUUAGUCACAGUACACAACUCUAUACUCAAUGCCUCAGAAAGCAUGUGUUUAUCUGUAUGUUCCUCUCGUUUUAGAAUGAUGCACUGCAGUUAUUUAGGACCACCGUAAAGUUUGCUUACACCGACACCCACAUUCAUUUCUGAAGGACCAGGUUUGAGAUACAUAACUUCUACUUGACGAAACACAGAGAGCACAGUACCUUCUUUCGAUAAUAAAAAAUACAGAUUUCAACUCCUUCUAUUUGCUUAAUUUUUAUUGCAGGAAAUUUCUACAAAAAGUGAAUUAUUCUUUGGACGUCCAAAGCACAAUUUUUUACAAUUAUCAUUUCCUAUUGCGUUUCACUUGCCUAAAUUCUGUAUGCAAUACAAAGUCUAGCACUGACGAGACACUAGCUGAGACUAUCAAGGUAUCUCCUCAGUUAUGAUGGGGUAUAAUUGCACUACUAUCAUUUAUAUGUCUGCUUUACGAUGCAAUAAAUGCACUAAACGUUAUGCUGUACCCACCUCCAAUACCGAACAAGUUGUCUGGUCUGAUGAUGAUGUCAACAUUUCACGUGGUUUCUGACAAGUCGACGGGAUAAAUGAUAUCCAACAGUGUCUGAUGAUGAUGUGUACAGGGUGCAUUUGUCUAUAGCACAUUUGAAAGAGGGGGUGAAUAAAACACAAACAACAUUUAAGU